AUGUUGUCGUCUUUCCCUGAAUUGUACUUCAACGUCGACAGCGGCUACCUGGAGGGCCUGGUGCGCGGCUUUAAGGCGGGCGUGCUGAGCCAGGCCGACUACGUCAACCUGGUGCAGUGUGAGAGCCUGGAAGAUCUGAAGCUCCAUCUGCAGAGUACAGACUAUGGGAACUUCCUGGCGAACGAAGCCUCCCCCCUUGCUGUGUCCGUCAUCGACGACAAGCUGAAGGAGAAGAUGGUGGUGGAGUUCCGCCACAUGAGGAAUCACGCCUACGAGCCCCUGGCCAGCUUUCUAGACUUCAUCACGUACAGUUACAUGAUUGACAACGUGAUCCUGCUCAUCACCGGGACGCUGCACCAGCGCUCCAUCGCCGAGUUGGUGCCCAAGUGCCACCCCCUGGGAAGCUUCGAGCAGAUGGAGGCGGUGAACAUUGCGCAGACUCCGGCCGAGCUGUACAAUGCCAUCCUGGUGGACACGCCCCUGGCCGCCUUUUUCCAGGAUUGCAUCUCGGAGCAAGACCUCGAUGAAAUGAACAUCGAAAUUAUUCGUAAUACGCUGUACAAGGCCUACCUCGAGUCCUUCUACAAGUUCUGCAAGGUCCUGGGAGGCACAACCGCCGAUGCCAUGUGCCCCAUCCUGGAGUUUGAAGCCGACAGGAGGGCCUUCAUUAUCACCAUCAACUCCUUCGGCACGGAGCUCUCCAAGGAGGAUCGGGCCAAGCUGUUUCCCCACUGCGGGAAGCUCUACCCAGAGGGCCUGGCUCAGCUGGCCAGAGCGGAUGACUAUGAGCAAGUCAAAGCAGUGGCUGAUUAUUACCCAGAAUACAAACUUCUGUUUGAAGGAGCAGGCAGCAACCCUGGUGACAAAACCCUUGAAGAUCGAUUCUUUGAGCACGAGGUGAAACUGAACAAGCUGGCUUUCCUGAACCAGUUCCACUUUGGUGUCUUCUAUGCGUUUGUGAAAUUGAAGGAGCAGGAGUGCCGCAACAUCGUGUGGAUUGCCGAGUGCAUCGCCCAACGCCACCGGGCAAAGAUCGACAACUACAUCCCCAUCUUCUAAGCGCCUCCCCCUCUCCUCCCGCUGUGGAUCGUCCCGCC